AUGACAAAAACGGCUACCGAAGCAUUUGAAUUAUUGGAGACCGUGGCAUCCAACAACUACCAAUGGUCGAGUGAGAGAAUGAAUCUGAAACCAGCUGUGGUCUUGGAAGUCGAUGCUAUGGCUUUGCUAACAGCACAAAUUUCUAACCUUACUAAAAAAGUUGAUUCUUUAAGUGUUAAUGCUAUAAACACUAGUACUAAUUUUGGUUGUGAACUUUGUGCAGGCCCUCAUCCAAGUUCAGAGUGUAACAAAGGGAACCCAUUUGCGUCCGCUGAGCAAGUCAAUCAGGUUGGAGAAUUUAAUCGACAAAGGAAUAAUCCUUAUUCCAAUACAUACAACCCCGGUUGGCGAAACCAUCCAAAUUUUUCAUGGAGCAACACUCAGAAUGUGCAGAGACCACCACCUGGUUUUCCGGCUCAAGAGAAGAAAAUAAAUUUGGAAGAUGCGCUUACUCAGUUGACUAUGUCUACCACCCAAUUCAUGACUGAAACAAAAACCCAAUUUCAGAAUCAGCAAGCUUCUAUUCAGAAUUUGGAAGUGCAAGUUGGCCAAUUAGCUAAUGUUAUAAGUGGAAGAAACCAAGGAGUAUUUCCAAGCCAACCUGAAGUUAACCCGAAAAAUCAAGAACAAGCAAAGGCAAUCACUCUUCGUAAAGGGAAGCAAGUAAAUACAGCAGUCGACUUGGAACAAGAAGCAUUAGAGAAAGAAAAAGAAGCUAAGAAGUCUGCAGCGGAAAUGGGGCAUGCAUCUUCACCACCAAUCACCACCACAGAAAAAUCCCAAGAAGAAGAAAAUUCUAUACCAAUUCCUUCUCCUCAACUGAAGCCAUAUGUCCCACAAAUCCCUUUUCCGCAGAGGUUGAGAAAAAAUAAAGUUGAUGGGCAGUUUGCAAAAUUCUUGGAGAUGUUCAGAAAGUUACAGAUCAACAUUCCUUUUGCUGAAGCUUUGGAACAAAUGCCAAGUUAUGCAAAAUUCAUGAAAGACAUUCUCUCCAAGAAGAGGAAAUUUGGAGAGCACGAGAAAAUCCAACUGACAGAAGAGUGCAGCGCCAUCCUACAACGGAAGCUUCCACCAAAACAAAAAGAUAGAGGGAGUUUUAAAAUUCCAUGCACUAUUGGAAAUAAUUUCUUUGAAAGAGCUUUAUGUGAUUUGGGUUCUAGCAUUAACUUACUACCUUUAUCUGUUGCUAAAAAGAUUGGUAUUGGUGAAAUUAAACCCACUACUGUUUCUUUGCAGAUGGCGGACAGGUCAAUCACAUACCCAGAUGGAAUUAUAGAAGAUGUUCUAGUAAAGGUUGAUACACUCAUAUUUCCGGCGGAUUUUCUGGUUUUGGAUAUGGAAGAAGAUUCUGACACGCAGCUAAUUUUGGGCCGCCCAUUCUUGAUUACUUCACGCACUCUGAUUGACGUAGAAGAAGGGUUACUAACUUUGAGAGUUGGGAAUGAAAAAGCAACAUUCAAAGUUUUUGAAGCAAUUAAAUUUCCAAGAGAAGCGGAGGAUUGUUUUCACAUGGAAUUAAUUGAUGAAAUUUCUUCAGACACAUUUAAAAAGGAGAAUCCGAGCCAUCCAUUGGAAUCUACAUUGGUCCAUGCUGCUACCUCCCAAGAUGACAACCCCAUGGUUGCUGAAUAUGCCUUAUAUUUGGAUGCAUCACAACCAUACCAUACAAGGCAAAGGAAUCAGUUCGAACCACUAGGAGCAGCACCUCCUAAGGCUGCCCCUUCUGUGAUUGCUGCACCCACACUUACUCUGAAGCCAUUGCCAACACAUUUGAGGUAUGCUUAUUUGGGAAAUUCUGAAACUUUACCAGUUAUUAUUGCUGCCAAUUUGAGUGAAACUGAAGAAGAAAAAGUAUUACGGGUUUUGAGAAAAUAUAAAACUGCAAUUGGGUGGACAAUCGCUGACAUCAAGGGUAUUAGCCCUUCUAUGUGUAUGCAUCGAAUACUAAUGGAAGAGGAGCAUAAGCCAUCCGUGGAGCAUCAACGUCGAUUGAAUCCCAACAUGAAGGAAGUGGUUCGUGCAGAGGUAUUAAAAUUGCUUGAUGCAGGUAUUAUUUACCCUAUAUCUGACAGCAGUUGGGUGAGUCCUACACAGGUUGUGCCAAAGAAAGGAGGGAUGACUGUAGUAAAAAAUGAAAAUAAUGAGUUAGUUCCAACAAGAACUGUUACAGGAUGGAGAGUCUGCAUAGAUUACAGGAAAUUGAAUUCUGCAACCAGAAAAGAUCACUUCCCGCUGCCUUUUAUUGAUCAGAUGCUAGAAAGACUUGCUGGGCAUGCGUAUUACUGUUUCCUAGACGGAUACUCAGGAUAUAAUCAAAUUCCUAUCGCCCCUGAAGACCAAGAAAAAACGACCUUCACAUGUCCAUUUGGAACUUUUGCCUAUCGCCGUAUGCCUUUUGGGUUAUGUAACGCUCCUGCCACUUUUCAACGUUGCAUGAUGAGCAUUUUCUCGGACAUGGUGGAGCGAUUUAUUGAGGUAUUUAUGGAUGAUUUCUCUGUUUUCGGUUCAUCUUUUGAUUCUUGUUUGGAUAAUUUGGCAUUGGUAGGUAUUGAGGUUGACCGUGCAAAAAUUGAGACCAUAGAAAAGCUGCCACCCCCUUCUACAGUGAAAGGAAUUCGAAGCUUCCUGGGACAUGCUGGGUUUUAUCGUCGAUUUAUAAAGGAUUUCUCAAAAAUUACAAAGCCUCUUUGCAAGUUGUUAUUGAAGGAUUCUGAAUUCAACUUUGAUUCAGACUGUUUGGAGGCAUUUAAUUUAUUGAAGACAAAACUCACCACUGCACCAGUCAUUAUGGCACCUGAUUGGGAAUUACCAUUCGAGAUUAUGUGUGAUGCAAGUGAUUAUGCUAUUGGAGCCGUCUUGGGUCAAAGGAAGAAUAAAUUACUACACGUAAUUCACUAUGCAAGUCGUACAUUGAAUGAUGCCCAACUGAACUAUGCCACUACGGAAAAGGAAUUGUUAGCAGUGGUAUUCGCAUUGGAUAAAUUUCGUUCUUACCUAUUGGGUGUGAAGGUAAUUGUGUAUACAGAUCAUGCAGCUUUGAAAUUUUUGCUUGCCAAGAAGGAAGCAAAACUAAGACUAAUUCGAUGGGUUUUAUUACUUCAAGAGUUUGAUAUUGAAAUUCGAGAUAAAAAAGGGUCUGAGAAUGUGGUGGCCGACCACCUCUCUCGGCUAGUCCGUGAGGACGAAGUUAUAGAAGAUGUUGGGCCUAUCCUAGAGACAUUCCCGGAUGAGCAAUUAUUUUCCAUCUACUCUGAGAAAAAAUUCAUCACCCCCUGGUAUGCAAAUUUUGUAAAUUACCUAGCUUGUGGUAUUCUUCCCCCUAAUAUGUCUUUUUAUCAGAAAAAGAAAUUCCUAUCAUUGGUUAAACAUUAUUAUUGGGAUGAUCCAUAUUUGUGGAAGCAUGGUCCUGACCAAGUUAUACGAAGAUGUGUACCUGAGACAGAGAUAUGUGACCCUUGCCAACGUACAGGAAAUAUCUCUAGUCGAAACCAAAUGCCCUUGAAUAAUAUUUUGGAGGUGGAAUUGUUUGAUGUUUGGGGUAUUGACUUCAUGGGUCCGUUUCCAGCAUCAUAUGGGAAUUUGUAUAUUUUGGUUGCAGUGGAUUAUGUAUCCAAAUGGGUCGAAGCAGCUGCCCUACCCAUGAAUGACGCCAAGGUUGUGGUCAGAUUUCUACGAAAGAAUAUUUUUACAAGAUUUGGGGUCCCUCGUGCAAUUAUUAGUGAUGGAGGCACGCAUUUUUGCAAUCGUCAAUUUAAUUCCCUUCUUGCAAAAUAUGGCAUCACCCAUAACGUAUCUACUCCCUACCAUCCGCAAACUAGUGGGCAAGUUGAAGUUUCAAAUAGGGAAUUGAAGAAAAUCUUGGAAAAGACGGUGAGUGCCUCUAGGAAAGAUUGGUCAUUAAAAUUGGAUGAUGCACUAUGGGCUUAUAGAACGGCGUUCAAAGCGCCAAUUGGGAUGUCACCAUAUAGACUUGUUUUUGGGAAAGCAUGCCACCUUCCGGUGGAAUUGGAGCAUAAAGCAUUUUGGGCUAUUAAAACGCUCAAUUUUGACAUGAGUUCAGCAGGGGAGAAGAGGAAGUUACAAUUGAAUGAGCUAGAGGAACUUCGAAAUGAAUCGUAUGAGAAUGCGAAAAUUUACAAGGACCGUACAAAGAAGUGGCAUGACAAGCACAUCUUGAAGAAGGACUUUUAUGUGGGUCAAAGCGUUCUCCUCUACAACUCACGGUUGAAACUUUUUCCUGGGAAACUUCGCUCUCGUUGGUCUGGGCCAUUCACGGUGUUAACAGUGUAUCCUUAUGGGACAGUUGAAAUCAAGAAUGAUCGUGACGGUACAACUUUCAAAGUUAAUGGCCAUCGACUCAAACCUUAUGUGGCAGCUGCAUUUCUUGAGGAGGAAACCACUGUCCUCCUCGAUGACCCCAAGUAAACGCAUCCUAAGGUCGGGCUAUUGACUCUAAACUAAGCGCUUGUUGGGAGGCAACCCAACUAGGUACCUUCAUUCCUUAUCUUUUUAAUUUUUAUUUGUGUGUUUCCCUCAUUCAUUUCUUUUACUAUUCUUUGUCCUUGCUUCUAUUUCCUUUUUAAAACAUUGAGGACAAUGUUUCGUUUAGGUUUGAGGUGGGUAACAUUCGUUUUUAAUUUUAACAUUUUUUUUUAUUAGUCGAGUCAUGCAAAACAUUGGUGUUUAUGUUUCGGUAAUACUGUUUUAAUCUGUGAUAGAAUUGAAGAUUUGGCCCACGUUGCCUUCUUCAGUUUUUCGUGCUGAAUCCAGUCAUAUAAGGCUCGUAAUUUUCUGACUUUUCGUUUGGAAGUUAUAGCUGUUUUUCUGAACAGGGGUCUGGAACUCGAAUAUUUCUGCGAUUAUGUACUGUGAUCUGUAUUUAACGUCAGUUUUCAUCUGUUUUUCUGGUAUUUGUCUAAAGAAAAGUUGUGCAUUUGUUUGUCUAUUUUCUGAGCAUAUAGGGCUUGUCAAAAUCUGUGCAAUGCUUUGUGAGAUAAUUGUUGAAAACUGAUCUGAGGUCGAAAUUGAAAAGAAGCAGUUUUUCUGAUGAAAUGUAAAUUCUAGUUAAAGCUAUUACUUUUUCUUGCUAAUAGAGAUGCAUAUGCCAUGUUUUGAUCAUGAAUGCUUUACUAACGUGUUGCCAUGAAGGGUUAUUGCAUUAUAAUCUUUGCACUUCACAAUACCACAUUCGUAAUGUUUUGGUGGACAAGGUUGCUAUGCUCGAAUGACUAUGGAAUAUUAGUGGAGACUGCAUUUGUGAGAUAAUUGAGCCAAAAGCCAUUCUUUGAGAGGGGUUUUAUUGUUUCUACUCUUAAACACUCUUCAAUUUUUAUUUUUAUUUUUAUUUUAUUUUAUUUUUUUAUUUUUUAUUUUUUUCUUAAUUAGAUUGCUCUCAUUAGGUUUGUAUUGGAUACUAAAGAAUUUUCUUAUUUUUGUAGGUACGUCGCUUCCAAGUUGGAUGGACCAUAAGAGAUGAUGUUAGGCUAUGCAUGUUUUCACCCUCUAAAAGACUUUUCAUCCUACCCUUUUGUGUGCAUCAUUAACUCCUUUGUAACCAAACACUUAGCCCUUCCUUCAUCACCCCUACUAUCUUUUAACCUAUAUAACCCGUUUCUAAGCCUUACCUUACAGCUUAGGAUGUGCCAAAGUGAUGAAAAUCAGAAGGUUGAGCUCUACACCAAAGAAUUGGCGUGUACCGAGGUGUUUGUGCAAAAUUGCAAGAAGAAAAAAAAAAGUAUAAGAAAAGAGAAGAAAAGAAAAUAUUUUGCAAAUCCAAAGAAUAAAAGUUCAAAAUCACUCCAAAUGGAGUAGAAAAUUGCACAAUCCCUGGACGCUGAGUGGUAUAAAAAGUUCAAAAAGAGCUGGCCGUAUAUGUGAUCGUGAAUAAUGCUUUGGUAUGUCCUAAGUUUUUGUUAUUCCUUUCCUUUCUUUCUUAACCCGAACCGAGCCUUUCAUUACAACCAAAGUAAAAGACCUAACUGAUCUUUUGGGAAAUCUUUCUUGGAGGUGAGGUAUGUACUCUAAUUCUUAGUAUUCGAUUCUUUUCAUGAGACAUUAUUUUCAAAAAUUGCCAUUCUUCAAGCUAAGCAUAUGUGUUAAUAUUU